AUGAGCAACUUGCCUUGUUUGCGGCCAAAUAGGCUCAGUGGAAUGAGAAAGGAAAAGGAGUGGGCGGCGGCAGGGGGAAGGGGUCAGUCGGACAAGAUGAGCCACAGGAAAUUGGACCCGGUCCUGAGUGGCGUAUGUGACAACGGUUGCGCCGACCUGAGGGAGAAGCCGAGGUCGGUGCCGCCGCACAGGGACGAGCACGAGACGGAUAACGGGAGCGGGCGGAAACGCCGGCACCGCGAGUACGACGACGGCGAGUGCGACGACGGCGAGUGCGAGAGCGGCGAAGACGGCGCCGACCUCCGGGAGCUGGAAGCCCCGCAGGUGAAGAGCGGCGUCCUGCGGAGGAGCAUCUUCACGCCGGAGGAGUGCAACUUCAUCGAGGAGAGGAUUGACCAGGUGGUGCCCAGGGCGGAGGCCGGACAAUGCCGGGAGCGCGCCGUGGACCGGGCGCCCCUGCGCGGCGGGUGCUUCUUCGGGGGGGACUGCACGUACGGCGCCCAGCUGGAGAAGCGCGGGCCGCAAGGACUAAUGAUGAUCAAACAACAGACAUACCUAAUGAACAAGACAGCUCAUUUCAGCUCAAGGAGGUUAGUCAGACAACUGUCCUAAAUGUCAUACAUGACCUAAACACCACAUACUCAAAGGAUAUUUAUAACCUAGACACAGCUUUUCUUAAAAAAUAUAGCGGCAUCCUUAUACAGCCUCUUACCCAUCUUAUUAAUAUUUCCAUUAAAACUGGGCAAUUCCCAGAUGGAUGGAAAACUGCACAGGUAAUACCACUUUUAAAAUCUGGUGAUGCUGGAAUGACAUCUAACUAUAGACCUAUCAGCCUUCUUCCAGUUUUAUCUAAAGUCCUGGAGAAGAUUGUUUCGGAACAACUAAUGCACCACCUUGAGACAAAUCACUAUUUGACUCCCCUACAAUUCGGAUUCAGACAUAACCAUUCUACAGAAUCUGCCACUUGUUUUUUAACUGAAAGGAUCAAACAUUCUCUUGACAAAGGACAGGUGGUCGGUGCAGUAUUUCUAGACUUAAAAAAAGCAUUUGAUACAGUCAAUCAUGACAUUUUAAUUUCAAAACUAACUAAAUUCAAUUUAUCCAAACAGUCAUUGUCCUGGUUUGAGUCAUAUCUAAAGGGCCGUGAACAAUGUGUCACCAUUAAUAAUGUGAGAUCUUCCUUCCGCAAAAUAGAAACAGGGAUACCUCAGGGUAGUGUCUUGGGACCUAUACUAUUCAGUCUAUACAUCAAUGACCUACCAGAUGUAUGCACAGAUAUAGAUUUACAGAUGUAUGCGGAUGACACAGUGGUAUAUACAUCAGGUAAGACCUGUACUCUAGUUGCUGAGAAGUUAAAUGCUCAAUUAGACAAAAUAGCAUCUUGGCUGGAGUCAUCCUGUUUAACCCUAAACACUAAAAAGACUAACUCUGUCUGCUUCUCCAUAAAAAAGCUACCUCAAACAAACCUGAAUAUAAAAAUUAAUGAGGAGGUCAUUGAACAAGUACCUGAAGUCAAAUAUUUGGGCAUAAUCAUAGACUAUCAGCUGAAUUUUAAAAGUCACAUUAAGAAAAUGUGUAAAACCCUGAAGGCAAACCUAGGCUGUUUUAAGAUUAUAAGACACUGCUUAACUCUUAGCUGUGCUUUUACUUUUAUGAAUGCAAUGAUUCUGUCACACAUAUCUUAUGGCUUAACCACAUGGUCCCAGGCACACCAGUCAUCAAUCAAGACCAUUGAGUGUCUUUAUAACCGCACCUUGAAAGUUCUAGACAAGAAGAGUAUACGAUAUCAUCAUUGCCAAAUUUUAACCAAAUACAAUAUUUUAAGUUUUACCAAUUUUAUUUUGUUACACACAGUCAAACUGGUUUUUAAAUGCUUGCAUAACUCUGCUCCCCAAUUGCUCUGCAAGGCAAUUACAAGACUGCAAAGUGGUACCAGAUCUACCACCCGAGCAGUGUCAAAAGGCAACUGUUGUGUUCCAUUCCGUAGAACAUCUUUUGCCCAGACUGCCUUUUCAAUAAAAGGACCACAACUAUGGAACUCUUUACCGGACACUUUGAAAAGUAUACCUGCACUUGUCACUUUCAAAAAACAAACAAAAUUAUGGCUAGUUGAGCAACAAUCGUGUUCCCAUGUUUAGUUUUUACUCAUUUUUACUAAUUGGUUUUUAUCUAGUCUGCACUUUGUCUGUGUUAUUAUUAUUAUUAUUGGCUUUUAUCUAGUUUGCACUUUGUCUGUGUUAUUACUAUUAUCAUUAUUAUCAACUCACUCUAUUUUUUAUUUCCUAUUUUAAUGAUGUUGGAUCUGUGUUGUUGUUGUUGUUGUUGUUGUUGUUGGGGACAAGUGUUGUAAAUUAGCUUUGGCUACAAACACUGUGAUGCAUGCAUCGGAU